AUGGCUAUUGCUCGUUAUUUAUUCAAACUACUUUUUAAUUGUGUUUUUGAAUAUUUUGAAAUUGAUACGAUUUUAAUUAACCCACAAAUGAUUCAAUUAUUGUUUGAUGAUUCAACAACAAAUUUUCCUUUACAAAUACAUUCUCAGACCGCAAAACUAGAUUAUAUUUGGAAUAAUGAUUCUUCAAAUUUUAUUUGGAAUCAUUUGGUUUCUAAUCAAUUAAACUUUGAUAGAUUUGCCUGUUGCGGAAAAGAAAGUAUGGCCGUUUUAUUUAAAAUUUUGGCGCAAGGAGGGAAUAAAUUUGUGAAUCUUACUUUUACAUAUCUUCACACUAACCUUUACAAGUGGAGUAUAAAGGUUUGGACAUUUUUUAAAAAUUUUUUUACUCUAUAUAACUUUUUUAAAUAUCGGUUAGCAAGGGCGUAUCCCUCUUUCCCCCAUUUCAUGGGGGGGGGGGGGGGGGGCUCUAGCCCCCUGGAUACGCCCUUGCCGUUAGGGGUAGAAAGCCAAAAAUUGGCAAUAAAUGUAAUUUUUAUUUACGAAUUCUUGGUCCAUAGCUCGUGAAUUUCCUCAUAAAAUAGGGGGUGAGGACUUACUCAAAGAAUGCCAACUCAAGGAACGACAAGUCAAGGAAGGCCCAACUCAUAGAAUAUUUUAAAAAUCAGAUAUUUCAGAUUUUUCAAAGAAAUUCAGAUUUUAAAGAUAUUCCAUAAGCGGGCUGUCCUUGACUUGUCGUUCCUUGUUUUUUUUUGUUCCUUGAGUUAGCCUGACACGAAAUAGGAAUAGGGACAUGUCGCUUAUUGCACCGUGCAAAAUUUUUAGUUUAUCAGGGCUCAAAAUGGUCAAUUUAGCUGUAGCCAGUUUUUUGGAAAUAUUUUU